UGAAUUUAUUAAUUUGAUGGUCAAAUUUGAUUCAACGGCUGAGUUGCUGGAAAUCAGCACCAGAUUCGGUUGGGACAAUGAAGACAAAUUGGGUUGGAGCAAAAUUGAUUUCGAGUUACUUGGGACCUCCAAAGGUGGUCGAAUACCAAGGCUUUCUGAUUCCCCCAAUAAUUCCAUUAGGGCAGAAGAGAAAAAGGGUAGAGCUGGAGAUGAUAGUCGUCAGGAAGAGGAAGGCGAAAAAGACAAUAGGGAGAGAAGACGGGAAAGGGUAAGGUUACAGAGGAGAAAAAAUGAAUCUGGAGCAAACUCUGAUCACUUCAAUCCACCCAAUUCCCGCUCAUUUGACACCACUAGUUAUAACACUAGUAGCGGUAUAACGGAAACACCAAGUCGUUUUCCGGGUCGCGAAUCCCUGUUGAAGAAAGCCUUGUCACUUGGUACCAGGAAAAAUGCCUCACAAUAAUGAAUUUGUUAUACUUGAGGUGAAACACAUUGGUUGUGUAUCAUUUAGUGUAGGAGAUAUGUUUUGACCUUAACCACAAUAAUGAACAUUUGUUUGUUCAUGUAA